GAGGCGCGAGGCAAGUUGUAACGGCUUCGGCGCCCAUAGAGGCUCCGGGCGGGCGCGGAUGCGGUGCGGGUGCGGUGCGGUGCGCUGAGAGCUCCGCGAGGCGGGGUGGACCAGCGACCCCGCCCCGCUGCAGCGAGAGGCUCCGUCUUUGUGCAUCCUCCGCACCUGAGGUGCGAGGCCGGGAGGGGCGGCGGAGCCGGGGAGGGGAGAUCGUGUUUCAUUAAAUGUGCUGACGAGAACCCAGAAUUCUGAAGACAGCAGUUUUGUGCAAGAUAAGGAUGUUCCUUAAGGAAGCUGAUGGAGGAUAGAGCUCUGACAGCGCAAGAUGACACCAUAAUAUAGUCUUAAAUUGUCUUUCCAAUCCAGCUGUGAUGGAGUCAAUGGAUGAAGCUGAAGGGCAACAAGAACAGCUCAACAGGAAGGAGCAGUCCCUUAUAACCUCCCAGAAAACUGCGCUGCUCGCUUGGGGUGCUUGGUGGAAUGGAUUAAUGACUGGAGACAGCAUGUAUCUGUUUGUCCUCUCUCAGAUACUGCUUCUCUGCAUGAUGCUGUGGUACAGCACUUAUGGGACCAUCUCAGCAACUCAGAAUGCCUUUGACAUGCUGUCUUACUUGCUUACCCCAUUUGAACUAUUCUUGUCAGAUCAAGGGGUGGAUCUGACUAGAAUCGGAAAUGUUGUGGUAUCAUAUAUCCUGCUAUCCUUAGCUUCUCUAGGACUGCUACUUGUUGGAUCUCUGUUUUGGCAUCUGCUCAGAGCUCGUCCAGACCCCCCCUUUCCGCAACAGGAGGACAGACGUCAGUCUGUGAGCCGGCAGCCUUCAUUCACGUACUCAGAGUGGACAGAAGAUAAAAAUGAGGAUGACUUCCUAGAUUUGGAUCCCGUACCAGAGACCCCAGUCUUUGACUGUGUAAUGGAUAUUAAAGUGGAGACAGAUCCAGCUACACUAACGGUUAAAUCCGUGGGCUUGCAAGAAAGGAGGGGUUCCAAUGUUUCACUCACGCUAGAUAUGUGUACCCCAGGCUGUUCUGAGCAAGGUUUUGGCUAUAUCAUGUCACCACGGGAACAGUCAGCACAAGAAUAUCUCCAAUCAGCAUCAAAUAUUCUUACUGAAGAGGAACUGCACAAGAAGGCUCUGGAUCCAUUCAUACUCCAGGCAGAAUUCUUUGAAAUUCCAAUGAACUUUGUUGAUCCAAAGGAAUAUGAUAUUCCAGGCCUGGUGCGGAAGAAUCGCUACAAAACAAUUCUUCCAAAUCCUCACAGCAGAGUGUGCCUUACCUCGGCUGAUCAGGACGACCCCCUUAGCUCUUACAUCAAUGCUAACUACAUCAGGGGCUAUGGAGGCGAGGAAAAGGUCUAUAUUGCUACUCAGGGACCAAUAGUUAACACUGUCAGUGAUUUCUGGAGAAUGGUGUGGCAGGAGCGUUCUCCCAUCAUUGUCAUGAUUACCAAUAUAGAAGAGAUGAAUGAGAAAUGCACAGAAUAUUGGCCAGAGGAACAGAUCAUGUAUGAAGGAAUAGAAAUUGUAGUCAACCAAGUCAUACAAGCAGAUGAUUAUCGUUUGAGGCUCAUCACCUUAAAGAAAGGAGAAGAAGUCAGAAACCUGAAACAUUACUGGUACACAUCUUGGCCAGACCAGAAGACACCAGAUCAGGCUCCUCCUCUGUUACAACUAGUAUUGGAAGUGGAAGAGGCAAUGCAGAGUGCAGAAGAGAAGAACGCUCCAGUGAUUGUUCACUGCAGUGCAGGCAUCGGGAGGACGGGCUGCUUUAUUGCAACUAGUGUCUGUUGUAAACAGUUGAAGAAUGAGGGCAUAGUUGACAUAUUGCGAACAACUUGCCAGUUACGGUUAGACAGGGGAGGAAUGAUCCAGACUUGUGAACAGUAUCAAUUUGUCCAUCAUGUCAUGAGCUUGUAUGGAAAACAGCUUUCUAGAGCAGCAGAAGAAUAAGCGUUCAUGAUAUUCCUAAAGGCUAAAACCAAGAGAACUUUUGACUGCAUUCAGAUAUAUUUCAGAUCUAAUAAGAGACACAUGGUAAUCUGGCUGUCUUAGCUGGAGAAAAAGAUAUAUUUUACUUUGAUAUUGCUUUUAUGCUCUUGUUUGCAUUGACAUUUAAGAGCUGAAGUACACCUUGUCUUAAACAUAUGUGACAGGACAUAAUCUUCACCAAAAAAGGCUUAUUUAUUUUGUAAAUAAGAACAGUAGCUUCAUUUGUUACAAAAUCAAAACAAAAAAAGAAAAAGAAAAAAAAAAAAAAGCACUGUCUUCAGUUUGCUGUUUUUAAAACAUAAUUGCUAUUAUAUCCAAAUACAGUGUGAAACUUUUUGAAUUGUCAUGCUGAAAUAUUUGCCGUAUGUUGACUAAGCUUGAAAGUAACUUUUUGCCUCUCUCUGAUUGUUUUUACAUAUGAAAUUACCGAAUACUGUGUGUAUCAUAAACCUUCUGAGCCUCUGCAUUGAAAGAUUCAAGUAGAUUCGUGUUGAAAUGAGGACUCACAUGUCAUGUUUGCUUGGUUUUAUUUUUUUAAAGCAGUCCAUCACUGGUAUUAUCAGAACUAUGGGGAAAAAGGUAUUUUGCUGAUGUGAGACAAAUUCUUGCCUCUAGUUCUUACCAGCAAUGCUGCCCUGCUGUCAUAACAACUUGGAUGAAUUUGCAAGGGGAAAAGUUAAAAUGAAUAUUAAUUCUUCAUUUUUCUUUUGUUAGUGUGUCGGCAUCUGACUCUGUUAUCAGACUUGAUUUUUGAAAGUAUUUUGCCUGUUUAUGCAGUCAAACGACAAUCCCAAUGGUUUCCCCAGAAAUUUGAUGUGAGGAAUUUCUUUUUACUUGAAUACAUCUUUAUUUAAAAUGCGAGAAUAAAAUCACCUAUAUUUUGAAUUUAAACCUGUUCUGAAGCUUUGAAGGAGACCAAAUGGCCAGUGUUUGUUAAAAUUAAUAUGACUAGAAAUGGAAAUCCAAAUGCUGCUUAGUGAUAAAUUUCCCCUCAGACUAAGUUUUGAUAAAUGUAUCCCUUUAUAAUCACUAGCCCAAGCAGUAGUAUUUCCUUUUAAAUAAUACAGACUACUUCCCAUGCUUUUGUUUUUAGACCUUAGUCUGACAAUGAAGGCUUCAGUUGGUGUGUUCAAUGCUUAGAGGUAAGCACAUGUUUAAGUUCUUUGGGCAGUGAAAAAUGGAGAUACACAGGACCCUUUACAUCAAAGUUGAGUGUUUUGUGAACACAAGCUGUAAUCAUUUACUAGAAAUAUUUUUGCUUCUCUUUUUGUAACAAUAACCAAAAUUCACUGCUUUUGUUAGUGCAGAAGAUUCUGUGGAUUUACUUGGCUUCUUCAUCAGGAGAAGGUAAAGCAGCUCUCAGAACAUUAAGGGCUGAUCCUGCUCUUACUGAAGUUUUGUUACUGACAUCAGCAGAUGCAGGGUAGGGCCUGAAAUGUUAUGCCUACAACUUCAUCACUGUGGGGGAGUUUCCCAAUAUUUUAGUACACAUCCUUUGUGUUUGCUCUGUAUCCAUGAGCCUGUAAAAAUCCUAUCAGCAGGGUUUGCAUGACUAUGUGGCAAAAUGUGUUAUCUUGAACCACUUGAUUUUAUUGCUGUAUUUAAAAUAUUUCCUUCAGUGAGAAGCUAGCAAGAAGAACUGGCAAUCUUUUUAAAAAUACUGGCAGUAGUCAUUAAAUAGAGCAAUAAACUUAAGCUUUUGAGCAUAACAUGACUGUUAGUUUUAUGUAAACCUUGCUAGCUAUAUUCUCCCCUUUGCUACUGAUUCUUUCAAAGGAGCAGCACUAUUUUAUCUACGUACUCCUUAGAAAUAACUAAAGUAACACUGAUGUUUUGAAUAGUGUUAUAAGUGGAACUCCUGAUAAUGUUUUCAGCUGUUCAGUGCCCUACAGUGUCAAAAUUAACUCAGUUAAUAAAGUAACUUGUUCUGUCA